AUGAGAUACCACAAGAAUAUUUUCAAGCUUAAUGUCUCUAUGAAUCACAUGCUGAUCUUUAAGAUAUCUAAGGACAUCAAGCAUUUUGAUAGCGAAUCUUCUUAUGGUUUUUUCAGAAAAUCUGUCUUUUCUAUCAAGAGCACUCAAAAGGUCUUUUCCAGCAACAUAUUCCAUAACCAAAUAAAGAUAAUAUGACGUUUCGUAUACGUGAAACAGUUUCACAAUCCUGGGAUGGUCUAG